GAAAAUUUUACAGCGCUAGUGAAUAUUUACUAUGCCAUAGAUCUCUCUUUCAAACAAGGUUUUGACGAUAUGGAUUGUAUGAUCGAAUUAUCGUCUCAAAAAGCAGCGGAAUUCUUUCGUAAAAGCAUAAGUCUUGUUUUCACAGCGUCGUUAUACAACUGCGCGAGAUUUUGAACAAUUUAUGUGAUAUCAUCUGAAUGGUUAUGCUAUUAGAGUGAAUCAGAGGCCAAGUUGUCAAUAAGCAAAAUUAGUUUUAAUGACGACUGGGAAAGUUUUGAUUGAGACGUAACCUCGACAUGUGUCAUCUGAGAAUAGAGAGUGUUGGCGACUUCCUUUGUCGCGGUCGGUUGUUUAAAGCGUGUCUGAGGUUGGUCAAAACAGGUCGAUGUGUGGAUAUAACUGUUUUUGUUCGUAAUCUUGACGCGGAAUAAUAGCUCAAAAAAAACGUUCAAGAAGGCAUUCUAAAACAUGGACAAACAGGGCAUUAAUACAUUAUGUGCUGUUUAUCAACAAAUCGGUUGGAUAUUAAUACUAUAUAUCGUAAGAUGUCGCUUAAUUAUUUUAGUUUAAAAUAUGAACUUGAUUGCAUGCAAAUCAAUGCACAUUUUCUCUCGAACGCCGUGGGUCAGUGAACACGUGAGUUGUACGAAAGUCAAGCAAUAGUAUGUGUUUCAGUCUGAACUCUAUUUGGGAAUAUCUUAGUGUCCGUUUAAAACAUAUUACAUGUGCAUAACAUGUUUGGUUUCAUUAACAUAGUUGGCGAUUGAGUGACAAUGUAAAGUGUAUUCACUGCUGAAGUUACAAAUACUUACACUUCACUAGAAGACGUGAUGUACGAUUUGUUAAUAAUACACACUGACGAACCAGGGAUCACUUUGAUCAAACAAACCCAUGAUAAAAUAAGGUUAUUAAUACGAAACACUAUAAUCUACGGACAUUCGAGAAAGCUGACAAGAUGUCGUGAAUCAAUCGUUAUAAUCAUCAAUGAUUCGAAUUUUGUGAGAACAUAAUGGACCUAUUGACAUAACCGCGAACUCAAACAGCUUGCUUGUUUCUUAGAUAUUUUAUGUGACAGUUUGUUAACCAAAAUCUGAGAAGUGAAUUGAAGUGUGAAGCGAUGCGCGAAUGUUUCAAUUGACAGGAAACAGUGUGAAAAAAACAAUAUAGCUUAAGAAUACAACUGCAACCACAUUUAUAUAUAGUUUGCUGUAAAAACAGGCGUUCAUUUACUUAUAUAUGAGACAAACACAAAUAAUAAAUUUAAAACACAUGUAGACAAUUCAAGUCAACAGAUAACUUUUACCCAUGUGUUAUGGAGGCAUAAUAUGGGCUGAUUUUAACGAACAUUUUUAACAUUAAAAAACUGACUUGAAAGUGCACGCCUGAAAAUACCAGGAGACGGUUACUCGUCAUGACAACGGUAUUGCCACCCAGGCUGUGGACGUCUGCGUAUGACGGCGUGGGGCUGAUUGACUACCCGGAGUACUGGAACUCAGAGCACGUGCAGGACGCAGUUCAGACGGGCGACCCUCACUUCUCCAUCAGAGUUCCAGUUGCUUCAAAUUACGAUCUGGACAAUGACUAUGAUUACAUCAUGUCCCGGGCGCUGCGGUCCUACAAGCAACAUCGAGAGACGGAGAAGGCCGAAACCCGGAAAGGGCCGCUGAAGAGCGCAUAUCUGCGGCGCCACCACAUCCGGCCGCGGACGGCGCCCCUGGUGCGUUUCAUCGAGACCGUGAAAGUUAGGAACGUAGAGAAAAACACGAAUGGGCAUGAACAUGGUGGGGCUGGUGGGUUGCACGCGAAAAUGGACCCUAUAACGGAAGUGACACGCGCGAAUCCGGGGGUGGAGGAUGACGCCGAGGAGAGGUCCAGGCCAACGCUGCACGUAUCCAAAGUGAGUAUCAACAUGAUGCAGGAUACCAACCGGAAGACGGCGUCCUAUCUGAAGAGGAACCAGCCGUCCCAUCCUUGGCACAGCCACAGCUACCCGUCCGUCAGACCGAUGGAGAAGUUCGUACGACCACCACACGCGUACAUGUCCGCCUCGGUAAACGAGCGCGACUUGUCGUCUGCCCUUUCCAGUUCAAGCUCGCGAAGCUCCAGCGCAAAAAGUAGUCCGGUUCACAAAGCGAGCAAAACGGCGUCCGCCGGGAAAGCUAGUAGUGUUAAAAACAAUUCUAAUUAUUACUAUGAUGGUGGACUGUUUACGCAUCCUAGGGAUUCGCAUGCGGACUACUUCGUUAUUCACCCAGAUUGGGUAUCAGAGUCAAUGUCGAUCCAGAAACUUAGCUUGACUGAACGAAAGAAGCAGCUUCCGCCAAAGAGUAAAUCGAUGACAUGGCCAGGCAGACGCUGUAACAGUGCGCCCCCGUCGAAAUAUAGGAACCCAAUUACUUGGGAAACGAUAGAGACAACCGCAUGAUCUACAUUUUAUUCAUUAAUCGACAUAAAUGAUAAUUAAUAAUUUUAUAUGCUAUGAGCACAGCCAGCUUUGUAUACCUCAUUGUUGUGUGACGCAAUCACGCGAAACCCGGAUGUUCCGUCAAAAAUUUGGCUAUUUUUCAUUCAAAAUGAUGUUUAUACUAAUUAUUAUCAUAGCAACACGCUAACCACCUGUGUGAUAGACUUCAAGUAUUACAGUUUAUCUAUGGAACGUUGGUGCAGAGUAUUCGCUGCACUAGUAGUGUACAAUUUAUUUUCAAGAACUCCUAUAAGUGAUCAUUUGUCAUCAAACUAGAACACUUAGCAAGACUACUUUGUGGAGAUAUAAAAGGAAAGCCUCGAUCUGGGAAAAUAGGGCUUAAUGCAUGGGCGUAUAGUGUAACCAAAUAAUAGCCAUGCAUUCUGCACAGGCUAAUCAGGGAGUACGCUUACCGCUUUUAUUGCAUUUAUGUUGAAAGAAUGUCUCUUCUUAACCAAAAGUAUCUCUCUGAUUGGCCUGUUCGGACUUCACAGGCUUAUCUUGGACGGCACUUUAAAGGCCUGCAUGAAGCCCCGUUUUCACAGAGAGCCGUCCAUUUAUUUAAGUUCAAGUGUGGCUACAGUGUUUUAGUUGAAAUACCAGUAGUGACGGAGUAUAUAGGUAUAUUAAUACUUACUUGCGAAAAUAAUGUUACAAAUGUGAUCACAUAACAAUAUAAAAAUUAAACUGGAAAAAUUAUAUUUUAUACAACACUCCUGGAUUUAUUUUCUCUUGCUUUAAAUGCUGUUCUUAUAAAAUGAAAUGAUACAAAAGUGAAUCUAAAUGCAAAAUUUAACUGUGGUGCAUUAUUGUAUAAAAUAAUCCAUGUGAAUCUUGUAUAUACAAUAUUCCUAUUACCAGUUUAAUAUGAUCAUGCGAUCUGAAGUUGUAACUUUUUGCUUAAUGGUUUCUCAAUUUUAUGAUACAAUAACGGGAAUUAACAUAAUCCGAAUUCAAAAUAAAAUGCUUUGUUAAUGCAAGUCCAUUCAUCUAGCUGUAAUUGACCUUACAAUAAGGGUACAGAACUCGCGCGUUAUGCUCAAGAUUAUGUCCCUUUGAUUUGUUUGGAGGAAAUUAAUUUUGAUCCUUUUGAAAACAUCAAGGCAUUGAUUAACGGUACAUUUUGUAUGUAUAAAAAAUCACAUAAUAUAACCACACACUAUUUAUACUGUGGACACAACAUAUUAGUUGAAUGAAUGUUUGGUUUUAAAACAUAAAUUCUUAUAUUACACAAAAUUCUUAAAAUAUUGUUUGUAAUCAAUAACACAUAAUCCUUGCACAAAUGAGUGUCUGUGUUUUUCAGAGUUUAUUUACAGGUCCAGAAAAACGCACCAAGACCUGUAAAUAAACACAAUUACGCAAUAUUGUUCAAUCUUAUAUGUGCUGGUAUUGUAGGUUAAAAGAUAUAGAACAGCAUAGUGAACAACAAAUGUUGACAACCUCAUGGCAAAUAACAUGUUAUUGCUAUAAAUACAAUUCAAUGCAUAACCAAUGUACCCUUCUUGUGCCUACUUUUAUGCUUUUUAUUAGCUUACCUGAUUGCUCAGGUGAGCCUUUGUGACCGGUCUUUGUCCGUCGUCUGUCCGUCCGUCUUCAACAUUUGGUUUGUAAACACUCUAGAGGCCACAUUUCUUGUCUGAUAUUCAUGAAACUUGGUCAGAAGCUUUGUCCCCAUGAAAUCUCGGUCGAGUUCGAAACUUUGUUGUGCCGGGUCAAAAACUAGGUCACUAGGUCAAAAAAAAGAAAAAACUUGUAAACACUGUAGAAGUCACAUUUCAUGCCCAAUCUUCAUGUAACUUUGUCAAAAUGUUUGUCUUAAUGAUAUGUUGGUUGAGUUCAAGUGGUUCCGGUCCAUUGAAAAACAUGGCCGCCAGUGGGCGGGGCAGUUUUUCUUAUUUGGCUAAAGAGAAACCUUGUUAACACUCUAGAAGUCACAAUUUUAGCCCAAUCAUCAUGAAAGUUGGUCAAAACAUUGGUUUUAUUGAUUUCUCGGACGAGUUCGAAAAUGGUCCAGAUAGGUGAAAAAACAUGGCCGCCAGUGGGCAGGGCAUUUUUCUCUAUAUGUAAAUAGUGAAAACAUGUGAACACUCUAGAAGUCACAUUUUUGGCCCAAUUUUCAUGAAAUUUGGUCAGAGCAUCUGUUUCCUUGAUAUGAGAGUUGAGUUCAAAAAUGGUUCCGGUCAGUUGAAUAACAUGGCUGCCAGGGGGGGGGGGCAGUUUUCCUUAUUUGGCUAUAGAGAAACCUUGUCAACACUCUAUAAGUCACAUUUUUUGCCCAAUCAUGAAAAUUGGUCAAAACAUUGGUUUUAUUGAUAUCUUGGACGAGUUCGAAAAUGGUCUAGAUCAGUGAAAAAACAUGGCUUCCAGUGGGCUGGGCAUUUUUCUCUAUAUGUAUAUAGUGAAAACAUGUGAACACUCUAGAAGUCACAUUUUUGGUCCAAUUUUCAUGAAAUUUGGUCAGAACAUUUGUUUCCUUGAUAUGAGAGUUGAGUUUGAAAAUGGUUCCGGUCAGUUGAAUAACAAGGCUGCCGGGGGGGGGCAGUUUUCCAUAUUUGGCUAUAGAGAAACCUUGUAAACACUCUAGAAGUCACAAUUUUUGCCCAAUCAUCAUGAUAAUUGGUCAAAACAUUGGUUUUAUUGAUAUCUCAGAAGAGUUCGAAAAUGGUUCAGAUCGGUGAAAAAACAUGGCCGCCAGUGAGCGGGGCAUUUUUCUCUAUAUGUAUAUAGUGAAAACAUGUGAACACUCUAGAAGUCACAUUUUUGGCCCAAUUUUCAUGAAAUUUGGUCAGAACAUUUGUUUUCUUGAUAUGAGAGUUGAGUUUGAAAAUGGGUCCGGUCAGUUUAAUAACAUGGCUGCCAGGGGGGGGGGGGGGGGGGGGCAGUUUUCUUAUAUUUAUAUAGUAAAAAAAGCUUUGAACACUCUAUAAGUCACAUUUUGUGCCCAAUCAUCAUGAAACUUGGUGAAAAGAUUGGUUUUAUAUAUAUCACAUAAUUAAUGCCAUAAUUAUUGCCCUUAUAUUGUCCAAAUUUUCAUUACAUUGUACAAAAUCCUUGUAAACACACUAGAGGUCACAAUUUUGUUUCAGAUUUUAUGAAUCUUGGUCAAAAUAUUUAUUUUUGUAAGCAAAGUUUGAUGUUUGGUAAGGGGGUCUACUCAAAAUAUAGGUCACCAGGUCAAAUCUUACAAAAACAAAAUCACUCCAUAUGCCAGAGUUUUGGUUCAAUAAUGAUGAAACUUGACCAGGAUGUUUGUCUGGACAAUAUCUAGGUCAAGUUUGACGUUUGGUAAAGAUUGAAUGAACCGACUUCCCUCAGGUGAGCGAACUAGGGCCAUCUUGGCCCUCUUGUAUCAAUGUAAAAUUGAUUGUUCAAUAUGAUUAUGUUGCAAUUAUUUUAUUAUUGUACAGUGUACUGCUCUUAUAAAAUUAAUGUCAUUAAAGUCCAGAACUUUGGAACAUGGUUAA